CGCCCCCGCCCAGUCCGGAGCAGCCGACGCUCAGGGUUGGGGACCACCGCCCCCGGAGCUGCUGGGGCCCGCCCGCUUCGCCCUGGAGAUGUACAACCGCGGCCGGGCUGCGGGGACGCGGGCUGUGCUGGGGGCCGUACGCGGUCGCGUCCGCCGGGCGGGCCAUGGGUCUCUGUAUUCCCUGGAGGCGACCCUGGAGGAGCCGCCCUGCAACGACCCCACCGUGUGCCAGCUCCCUGUGUCGAGGAAAACCCUGCUCUGCAGCUUCGAAGUCCUGGAUGAGCUAGGAAAACACAUGCUGCUGAGGCGGGACUGUGGCCCAGUGGUUACCAAGGUUACAGAUGACGGAAAUGAAGCUUUAAAUUCAGGCCUUCCGCUAUUGACCAAGGAUCCACUGUCCCAGGACUUUUCUGUGAAGAUGGCCUCAAUCUUCAAGAACUUUGUCACUACCUAUAAUCGGACAUAUCAGACUAAGGAAGAAGCCCAGUGGCGCCUGUCUGUUUUUGCCAGUAACAUGGUGAGAGCUCAGAAGAUCCAAGCCCUGGACCAUGGCACAGCUCAGUAUGGGGUCACCAAGUUCAGUGACCUCACAGAGGAGGAAUUCCGCACCAUCUACCUGAAUCCCCUGCUAAGAGAGGUGCCUGGCAAGAAGAUGCACCUAGCCAAGUCCAUAGGAGACCCUGCCCCACCUGAAUGGGACUGGAGGAAAAAUGGGGCUGUCACCAAAGUCAAGGACCAGGGCAUGUGUGGCUCCUGCUGGGCCUUCUCAGUCACAGGCAAUGUGGAAGGCCAGUGGUUUCUGAACCGGGGAACCCUGCUCUCCCUGUCUGAGCAGGAGCUCUUGGACUGUGACAAGAUGGACAAGGCCUGCAUGGGUGGCUUGCCCUCCAACGCCUACUCAGCCAUAAAGAAUUUGGGAGGGCUGGAGACAGAGGAUGACUACAGCUACCAGGGCCACAUGCAGGCCUGCAACUUCUCCGCAGAGAAGGCUAAGGUCUACAUCAAUGACUCAGUGGAACUGAGCCAAAAUGAGCAAAAGCUGGCAGCCUGGCUGGCCAAGAAGGGCCCAAUUUCUGUUGCCAUCAAUGCCUUUGGCAUGCAGUUCUACCGCCAUGGGAUCGCUCACCCACUCCGGCCCCUCUGUAGCCCUUGGCUCAUUGACCAUGCCGUGCUGAUUGUGGGCUAUGGCAACCGCUCUGAGGUUCCUUUCUGGGCCAUCAAGAACAGCUGGGGCACUGACUGGGGUGAGAAGGGUUACUACUAUUUGCAUCGUGGGUCCGGGUCCUGUGGGGUGAACACUAUGGCCAGCUCGGCGGUGGUGAACUGAGGAACCCACCAGUUCAGGACCUGGUGCUAACCAGAGCAGCCCCUUCCCCAGCCUGACCUGCAUGCCCAGGCCCUCCCCAGGUGGCACAGCUGGCUGCGGGAUGGGCACUGGGCUAGGGGCACAGCCCUGUUCUUCCCCCUCACUCCCAUCCUGAAGUUCCCCAACCGCACCUUUGCUGAAUUGUGGUAGCUAGGAGGAUCUCAGGGUGAUGGAUGACGUCUUGGCAGCUGGAGCCAGGGCAAGAACUCUGGGCUUGGGUAAGGAACAAGAAAAUAUUCUGAUCUUAAACCCAACUGUAUCUUCAGGAGGUUCUGGCUUCUCAUCCUGGCUUUCCUCUGUCUGAUGCUAUAAAUUUUCUGGUCCCCCUGGAUUGGAGAUAGUGUCCCCUUCCAUAUCCAGGCAACUUAUAACCACCCUUUUCUAACAGCAAUAAAGAGGUGUCCUGGUCCCCA